UCUUUUCGAGUUUCCCAUCUGCCAUUCGUUCUCGAAGUUUUAAAUCGACGUGCAAGACACCCCGACCAAAGUUCAGCCACACUCAGUCGCGGUCCUCGACACUUUGGUUUCUGCCUGAAAAAAGCUUGACGAAUUUAAAUAAGCCCAAGAGUCACUCGUUUCUCCUGGGUAGAGGUGUGUUGUGUGUAAGGAGCGUUUGUACCGAGUACAAGGCAAAAAUACCUUCCCAGGUUUCAUCAACAGCGAAAAUUGGUCCAUUAUGGUCGUCGAACGUAACUUUGCUGGAGAUCCUCAUGCUCUACAUGGACAUUGGGGACCACCAUCCAGCGUGGCCAACUUCUGCGAAGAGGACUACGCCGUCACAUAUUAUAUAGGUGAAUUCGUCAACACCUUUACCAACCUAGCAUACGUUUACUGGGCGAUUCAUGAACUGGGACCAGGAGAAAGUCUACUGUCGACCACGGCAUUUCCCAACCUGGCUUUAUUCUUCGUGGGAGUGACCUCGUUCAUCUUCCAUCUGACCCUCAAAUACGCGGCACAAUUAGGCGACGACCUGUCCAUGUUCUGGGUCUGCGCCGCCAUCAUCUACGAACUGUACACCGUCGAUCAGCCCACCAAUGUGAAAGUGGCGGUCGGAUCUGCACUCACGGCCGUCCUGGGCACCAUCAGCGCGAUCCACUGCACCUUGUACCAACUCUGGCUUCACAAUUGGACCUUUAUCAUCCUGGUGACCGCCAUCUGGCCACGAGUUUUGUACCUGAUUCGUCGGAAAUUUCAGGGCACGGAGAAGAGAUACUGGCUGCAGAAAUUCCGAGUCGGCGGUCUUUGUUUCCUGGCGGGAUUCGUCGUGUGGCUGAUCGAUGGAGCAGCGUGUGGCUGGCUUCGUGAGACGAGGAAACUUGUGGGGAUACCAUGGGCUUUCGGGCUGGAAUUACAUGGGUGGUGGCAUAUUUUGACCGCUGUGGGUGCCGGGUAUUGCGUCCGGGUCACGAAACAAUUGACGAGAAAAUCCUCGUGACGAUUUUUUUUGGUUUGUCUACGGCAAUCAGAAGAAGAAAAGACACAAUAGAAUGGGCCGGAGAGCCCGGAUUGUUACAGCCUUGUUGUGAUGCAAUAGGAGUACUCAUACUCGGGGAUAGUCAGAUGAUAGAUGAACAAUGGAUAUCU